AUGAAUGUCGAUGACUCAAUUGUCGAAACGUUGAUCACGUGGAAGAUGGUAGAAGAGGACAUUCAACGAAAAUACGACACAAAAGCCAGCACUGGACCUCGUAGAACGGCGACUCAUCUAGGAGAUGCAAAUGGCUACAUUUCUAAAUGUGCUUUGAUCAAAUUUGAUUGGACGGAAGAUCGAGAAAAACUUCCGAAACAAGGAAUCAUGAAGAUCACAUCGUGUGAGAGAUUUCAGCUAUUAACAGACAAGAUUGGAGCCUACGACAAUGUGAUUGAUCAGGCGGCUUUAUUCAAUGACUGCGAGGUGAACUUUUACGAAACCUGGUCCUCUCUUGAAGUAGUCCCAGAAAUUCCCGUACCAAAAUACAUUUGUGGAAGACUUUUUGGAGUGAAUGGACUGGAAGCUGGGUAUUGCAUUCUCGAGAAAUUAGAGAAUUUCCACAACCUGCAUAUCUACCAUAAUUUGAGUGAAAAGGCGGCUCUUGAUGGGAUAAAAUCUAUCGCAAAGCUUACUUCGUAUUCAAUUAAAUACCCAAAGAAUGCUCGAAAGUUGGGAGAAACGGAUGCUUUUGAUGUUCAUUUUAGAGAUUUCACAAAGAUUGAGAAAGUCGAGAAAGGAUUUGAAUGUGUGUUGAGUCGAUUCGCGGAUAAAGAACAUGAGAUAAAGAAGAUUAAAACUAUUUUACCGAUCUUUAAAGACAUCGAUACUUUCAGAGAGACAAUGACAAAGAAUGUGAAAAUCCCGCUUAUCGUUCAUGGAGAUGCUUGGCCUGGGAAUUUUGUUUGGACAAAAAGUUUAAAUGGAGAAUUUUCAGUGAAAGCGCUUCUCGAUUGGCAACUUCUUCAUUUGGGAAAUCCAUGUGAAGAUGUUGUGAGAUUUCUUGCUAAAGGAUUGAGUGGAAAGGAGUAUCGUCAAAGACGAGAUUUCUAUUUGCGAGCUUUUUACGAUGAUUUAUUGAAAGAUGUUGAGCCAAUUCAAUUACCAUGGCCGACUCUAGAAGAGUUUAUCGAUGAGUACGAAAGAAUUUAUCCAUUAAUCUUCACCGUUUGGCUUCCACCAUUCUUACGUUUAGUUUCUGAGGAGCAAAUAAAAGGAGAUGGACCUGAUGCACUAAAACGAUUGGAAAACUUCAACGAGAAAUUUCGCGGAAUGGUUGAUGAAGCUGUGAGAUGUAUUCAGCAUCGAUAUCAAGCAAUGAAAUUCGAU